AUUUACUCUGGGUUCAGGACAUCGUUUUUGUGGAGCCCCCCUGUGAGUACUGCACUGCUUUUCUUUGGGGCCGGUCAGGUAAAUCAGCAUUGAGAUACACAGUAGCAUGGCUCUGACUAAUCCCACCCCACUUGGACCAUGGAAGAUCACAGUUUAUGACCAGGAGAACUUCCAGGGGAAGCGUGUGGAGUUUACCUCAGCCUGCCAGAACAUCAUGGAUUGUGGCGUCGACAACAUCCGCUCCCUGAAGGUGGAGUGUGGCGCCUGGGCAGGAUAUGAGCACUCCAGCUUCUGUGGACAGCAGUUUGUGUUGGAGAGAGGAGAGUAUCCUCACUGGGAGUCAUGGAGCGGCAGCAACGCCUACCACAUUGAGAGGAUGAUGUCCUUCCGCCCCAUCUGCUCAGCUAACCACAAGGAGUCCAAGAUGGUGUUGUUUGAGAAGGAGAGCUUCAUGGGACGCCAGUGGGAGAUAAACGAUGACUACCCCUCUCUGCAGGCCAUGGGCUGGGACAACAAUGAGAUUGGAUCUAUGCAAGUUCAGAGCGGCUCCUGGGUGUGCUACCAGUUUCCAGGUUACCGUGGUUACCAGUACAUCAUGGAGUGUGAUCGUCAUGGUGGCGAGUACAAACAUUACAGAGAGUGGGGCUCCCAUGCUCAAUCCUUCCAGGUGCAGUCGCUGCGUCGAAUCCAGCAGUGAGACCUGCAGCCACCUCACCCAACCUCUCUCUCUUUACCUCCUCCGGCUCCAUGUCCUCCUCUCCCUCUUCCUCCUCCGCACCCCCACGUCCCUUCACCCAGUCAUUCCAAGCUUUAGCCAGCUCUGUCAGAUCUUAGUAAAAAAAUCACACUUUUUGUUUUGUUCUGUUGCCAAAUGAAAAUAAAAAGAAAUGUGCUGAAGACAAAGAGUUAAAGAAAGAAAAAACUGAAGAGAAGCACCUGCCUGACGCCCCCAUUGAGGACAGAAGAGGGCUAAUAAUGUCUCUCAGAGUCAUUGGUUGUCAUAUUUGUGGGUAAACAAAUGAUCAAAGGAGAAAUGGGCAACAUGAAAUAAACAGAAAUACAAGAGUCUGCUGCUAAA